UAUGUAACUAUUUUCCUACGGCAACAUCGUUCUUGAGAUUAAAGAUUUAUCUCGAACGAAGAUAUUGUUUGAUAGGGAUGCACUUAUGAUUUGGUUAUCGGUAUUAUGUAGAUUGUAAACUGUAUAUAAAGGCUUUUUGAAAGUAAAUUCAUUGCCAAAACUCGUCUGUCGCAGGCUCAAAAUGAGGGGCAUUUUGGUGUUGCCCUUUUUGUUUUUGUUGGCUCAUGCCAAUCAAGAAAGGGAACUAGAAUGGUGGGAGACCACAAUCUUCUACCAAAUUUAUCCAAGGUCCUUUAUGGACAGUGACGGCGAUGGUAUUGGUGAUUUGAAUGGUAUUACAUCAAGAUUGGAAUAUCUGAAGGAACUGGGUGUAGGAGCUACCUGGCUCUCACCUAUGUUUCAGUCACCUAUGUAUGACUUUGGAUAUGAUAUCGCUGACUUUUAUAAUGUGCACGACGAGUAUGGUACUAUGGCAGAUUUCGAAAAACUAAUUGAAAAAGCUAAUGAGCUGGAUAUCAAAAUUGUUCUCGAUUUGGUUCCUAAUCAUGGCAGCAAUGAGAGUGUUUGGUUCGAACAAGCUUUAAAAGGAGACGAAAAGUAUUUCGAUUAUUUUGUAUGGGAAGAUGGUGUUGUAGACGAAAAUGGGAACUUACAACCUCCCAAUAACUGGAAUAGUGUUUUCCGUAAAAGUGCAUGGGAGUACAGAGAAGAAGUAGGCAAAUACUACCUUCAUCAGUUCGUUAUUGGACAACCAGAUCUCAACUACCGCAACCCUGAUGUUGUUGAAGAAAUGAAGAACAUCAUUAGGUUCUGGCUCGACAAAGGUGUUGCUGGUUUCAGGGUUGAUGCUAUAGCCCAUUUAUUUGAAGUAGACAAAGAGCUAUUCGGUGGAAAAUACCCCGAUGAACCUCUGACUCACAACACAGAUGACCCUGAGAGUUACGACUAUCUUGACCACAUUUACACAAAGAAUCAUGAAGACACUUACGAUAUGGUGUACCAAUGGCGAGAAGUUUUUGAUGAAUAUAAAGCGAAGGAUGGCAUGACAAGGGUCAUGAUGACAGAAGUUUACGAUAGUCCUCAAGUAACAAUGAAAUACUUCGGUAACGGUGUAAAAGAAGGUGCUCAAAUGCCUUUCAACUUUGUACUCAUAUCAGAGCUCAAUAGGGAUUCGACAGCUGCUGAAGUAAAAUAUGCUUUAGAUAAAUUUUUGACUUUCAAACCCGUUGACAAACUGGCUAACUGGGUGGCUGGAAAUCAUGACAACAACAGGGUUGCGUCAAGAUACAGCCCAGAGUUGGUCGAUGGCAUAAAUAUGAUCGUGCUCCUUCUUCCCGGAAUAGCUGUUACGUACAUGGGUGAAGAAAUCGGUAUGGUUGACGCAGAGAUUAGCUGGGAAGAAACGGUUGACCCCAGUGGUUGCAACACCGACGAUCCUAUCAACUAUUGGAAGGCCUCCAGGGAUCCUGAAAGAUCUCCCUUCCAAUGGAGUGCAGACAAAAACGCUGGAUUUUCAACUGCCGACAAGACUUGGUUGCCAGUAGCCGCAGGAUACGAGUCCCUGAAUGUUGAAACCCAGAGGGUACAAGAGAGGUCACACCUUAAUGUGUACAAGACGCUAUCAAGUCUACGAACUUAUCCUGUCUUCAGACAAGGAAGAUACGAAUCCGUUGCUUUGAACAACGAUGUGUUUGCAUUCAGAAGGUGGUACAACGGAGAGACGUACGUCGUCGUCGUGAACCUCAGAGAUAUGCCCUACUCCCUCGACCUGACGUACUUCGACAACGUGUCGGGUCUGUUGGAGGUCGUGGUCACCAACAUUCAGUCUUUCAAGAACACUGGUGAGCUGCUAGAAGCAAGCGGUUUGGUCAUCGAUGGCAGCGAAUCUUUAGUGCUGCGUGUUGUGCAGUAAUAUUCUCGACAAUAUACCUUGUCAGAUGAAUACAACAAAAUAUUAUAAAUACAUGCAAACAAACUGCUAA